AAAUUUGGCGAUGGAAGAAACUUCGUUCCUACAACGAAGGAUGAAAUCAAAGUUUUCUUCGCUGUAAACUUGCUGAUGGGUGUAAAAAGGCUACCCAGUUAUAAAGAUUACUGGUCGUCAGAUGAAGUGCUCAGAGACUCAUUUAUUAGUGGCUGUAUUUCCAGAGACCGUUUCGCAUGGUUACUAAGUAAUAUUCACCUCAAUGAUAAUUCCGUACAGCCCAAAAAGGAUCAGUCACCAUAUGACAAACUUUAUAAAGUGAGGCCACUUCUUUCCAGAUUACAAGAGACAUUUCUUUCUUCACUAAAGCCAAAUGAGUUUCAGUCAGUAGAUGAAUCAAUGAUACGGUUCAAAGGCCGCAGCAGUAUCAGACAGUACAUGUCAAUGAAACCUAUAAAGCGCGGUUAUAAGGUUUGGGUCAGAGCAGAUUCUAGUGGAUACAUGUGUGAAUUUCAAAUCUAUACCGGCAAGGUGGAUCACGCUCCAGAAAAGAAAUUAGGAGAGAGAGUUGUUAUAGAUCUAAGUAGAAACUUGGUUGGAAAAAACCACAAGAUUUACUUUGACAACUUUUUCAAUUCUGUCGAGUUACAAAGACAGUUGAUCAACAAUAAAAUAUACUCCUGUGGUACCUUACGAAAGGGUAGAAAGCACUGUCCUGAAUUCAAGUCAGACAAGGAUAUGAAACGUGGUAAAGCCGAUUGGCAUAUUUCCAAAGAUGGUUUAGUUGCCCUGAAAUGGGUAGACCGGCGUAGCAUACUUAUGUUGGGAAAUCACAAUGAUCCCUCUGUUUUAGAUACAGCAUCUAGAAAAAGAAAAGACGGCUCUCCAGAGGAUAUACCAUGUCCCCAGAUGGUUGAUGAAUACAAUGCCCAUAUGGGCUAUGUGGAUCGCUUUGAUAUGUUGAAAAGUCUCUAUGAAGUUAACAGGAAAGCACAUAAGUGGUGGCAUAGAAUUCUAUUCUACUUCCUAGAUGCUUGCGUUGUAAACAGUUUUAUACUCUUCCAGCUAAGAAGUAACUCUAAGGGAUUAACUCUGAAAAAAAUUCGACUGUCUUUGGCACGAGGUCUCAUUGGAGUAAUAGGACCCACUAAAUGA